AAGGAAGCGGGCACGGUGUGUCGGUGUACGUUCGCCGUGAGCCGACCAAGUGGGUUUGCUGCAGCCUCCAUCUGAUGCCGCUUGCUUGUCUGCUGCUGCUGCUGCCUUGAACCACACGUGCUGCGGGACUGUUUACCGGCCUCCAUCUGAGUUUUGUGCAGUCUGGAACUCGCCCCGCACCGAAAUUUCCGUAUCCUGCAGCCAUCUUGAUGCCAGACUGAAGUACUCGGUCAACUUUUUUUUCCCCCAUCGACCUUUGUAGGGCAGUUUUCUUGGCGUGGGAUUACGGAGGCCUCUGAUGGUGGUGGUGGUAUGUUUUUCUUGAAUAACUCCUUGGUUACUGGGCGAGUUCUGGCCAGGCUUGUGAGUUGGGAACUUCGGCAUUGUUUGUGGAAGUUUUGACUGCUGCUGCUGCUGAGAAAGAAACUCGCCACGCGAUAGCACAGCUGUGACCCGCGUGAAGUGGUUGCACGAAGCACGUCAGCCCCGGGAGCGCACGCGCUGGUCACAAACUUUCAUUUUAAAAAGAAACUCGUGUUGGCUGCCUUCCCAUCCUUUGACGUGCAGUCGUGCCCAGACUCCGCGCGUGCACUUCGGGGAGCGCCGCCGUCUGAGUGAGCGAGAAGGGUAGCGUAACCUACCACGUGCGCGGGGUGUGGUGAAUGUGAAAUCCACCCGGCGUCUUGUGCUACACAAGCAUGUCGGAAACAGCCUCCACGCCACCCAUACAGCCAGGUGGCAGAGGACCGGCCCCACCCCUCCCAGAAAAGCCCCCUUCCGUCGCGGAGAGAACGCGCUUACUUCGCUCCAGCUUCCGGAAGGACGAAGGCGAGAAGCCGAGGGUGCCAGACAACCGGGCCCACAGUAACGCCGUUAGUGGUGGUGGUGGAGGUGGUGGUAGUGGUGGUGGCAGUCUUGCCGGCGUGUCGCCGUCGCAGCCUGAGAAGCCGGUCGUGACCACGCCUCCGGGGUCUGUGAACGGAUCAGAACGAUCGCCAUCCCCUGGGUCAGGGGCCACUGUACCGAAGGGCAGCGUCGCUGCUUCGCUUGGAGGAGACAAGGCUUCCAUGGAUGCUAACAAAGAUCAGAACGGGAAAGGCGUUAUAAAUGCGGCCAAGAGGGACGCCUUCUUCCGUCACGCCACUGACGCGCCCCCUACCGUAAAGUUCGACCCCGGCGCGCGCUUUGGCCACGAGCGCGAGCGAAUGAAGCCGGAGAAGGAGCAAGUACAAGUGGAAAUGGAGAAAGAGAAGGAGAAGGAGAAGGAACGCGACCGGAAGUAUGGAGCGGAGACCAGAAAGGAGUUGGAAGGUUAUGUCGGCUUCGCCAACCUGCCCAACCAGGUCUACCGCAAGUCUGUCAAGCGCGGCUUUGAGUUCACCCUGAUGGUUGUAGGUGAAUCAGGACUCGGCAAAUCUACCCUGAUUAAUUCACUUUUUCUGACAGACCUGUAUAGUGCUGAGUAUCCAGGUCCAUCUCAUCGCAUUCAAAAAACAGUAAAGGUUGACACAACCCAAGUGACACUCAAAGAAAAUGGUGUCCAGCUGAAAUUGACCAUUGUGGACACACCAGGCUUUGGAGAUGCAGUUGAUAACAGCAAUUGUUGGCAGCCUGUCAUAGACUUUAUUGACAGCAAGUAUGAUGAAUACCUCAAUGCUGAGUCACGGGUGAACCGCACAAUAAUGCCUGACACUAGGGUGCACUGCUGUCUGUACUUCAUUGCUCCUACAGGCCAUGGACUGAAGCCCCUUGAUGUGGAAUUCAUGAAACGCCUACAUGAUAAAGUGAAUAUCAUUCCCAUGGUUGCCAAGGCAGACACACUCACACCAGAUGAAUGUCGAGAGUUCAAGAAAACUAUCUUGAAUGAAAUCGCGCAGCAUAAAAUAAGAAUAUACGAGUUUCCAGACUGUGAGGACGAGGAGGAGCUGAAGGCACAAAAGAGACUCAGGGACAGAGUACCGUUUGCUGUUGUGGGAAGUAACCGUGUCAUUGAGGUUGGAGGCAAGCGCAUCAGAGGUCGACAGUACCCUUGGGGUAUUGUUGAAGUGGAGAAUCUGGAGCACAACGAUUUCAUUGGACUCCGCAACAUGCUCAUCAGAACACAUAUGCAAGAUCUGAAGGAUGUGACAAAUAAUGUUCACUAUGAAAAUUUCCGCUACAACAAGCUGGCACCUGUAACAGCUGAAGGCAAGGUUAAACCUGGAUCUCUCACCAAGGAUCCCCUUACUCAGAUGGCAGAGGAGCAGCAGGAGCACAAUUUGAAGAUGAAGAAGAUGGAGGCAGAAAUGGAGCAGGUCUUUGAAAUGAAGGUCAAGGAGAAGAAACAGAAACUGAAGGACUCUGAGGCAGAUCUCCAAAAACGAUCCGAGCAGAUGAAAAAGAGCUUAGAGCAGCAGCAGCGAGAGCUGGAUGAGAAGUGGAAAGCUUUUGAGCGUGAAAAGUCUACCUGGGAAGAGCAGUGGGGUGAGAGGAGGCGAUCACUUGAGAAUUCAAAAGAGGCUUUGCCCAUUUUGCUGAGUUGCUGGUACCCUAAAUGAAGAUAAACAGCGAAGUGGCAAGAAAGACAAGAAACGGUUAUUCUAAAACCAGGAAACUUUAAAGACAAAGAAAACAAAUUCUUGCACUUUACCUCUCUUUUGCUGAAGAAGACAGAAAGAUGCGAAGACACCACUUCGCCACGAGCCUGUUAUUCCUGGAACAAAGUCCAUCAGUUGUGCAGUGUUUUGUCUUCCACCAAAGCACGUCUGUUGGAAAGGCUUCAUCCUAUACAAGGGAUCAAAAUUUCAUUUAUAUUACUUUGAGACUGAACUCGCUUGUUCUUUGGUUAAUAUGAUGGCACCAUUUGCCUUUUCCCCUUUCUACUUAAUGUGCCGAGACUUGUGCAGUGUUUGUCUGAUCCAUGUUUUACAACAUAUACAAAGUUUGUGCACUAUGUGAGCAAGUCCUUAUAAUCAUGUGACUACGGCCACCUCACAUAAUAAAUGUUGUGUAUCCAAGCUUGCCUAACAAGGGUUUGACCUGCUCAAAAUAUUAUCAGAUGCCUAGGUUGGUUUAGCUAUGUUAACAUUUCCAAGGCUGGGCACUUGUUAAGGCAAGAGGACUUAACUAUGGGAACAGUGUAUGUGUAUUUUGAUCACAUUCAUUCUUUUCUUUUUAACUCUGUGAAAAUUUAGAAGUUAAGUGGGAGUGCUUUGCCUUCAAUAAUUAAUGAGUGGGAGGAAUAGUGCUGUAGUAGUGUGUUUUGAUAUCUGUACAUUGUGCAAGAUAAAUGCCACUUAGAAAAAAGGAUGAAACCCAUGAAUCAUUUUUGUACCAUCUGGCCACAGUAUGGCAGCAUCAUUAAACAUCUCUUACCAAUGUAAGGCUUUCUUUUGGUUGUGCUCUCAAAACAGCUCUCUGGUUUUCUAGAAACAUUUUUUAGCGAUUCUAGCUGGCAGCUGGACAGCAAGCAGUAAAUUUGAUUCGACUGUUGUACAUUAGUGAGUUGUUGUGUGUAAAAUCUUGCUUCUUACAAAUUUCAGCAUUUCUUAUUAGGGGCUUGCCAGUAUGUUUUAUGUGAGUAGCUUGGUUUGCUUAGAAGUGUAUCAUCUUGUAUUUUAAUUAUUCAGUAAUAGAUUUUUCAGUCCACUGCACAAAAGGAAAUACUCUAUGCACUUAGCAUUGGAAAAAGAAUUAUAGAUAGAAUCAUUAAAGAUGUUGGGCCCAAAUUACAGGUUAUUUAUUAUGUGACUUUUGGUCACUUUACAUUAACACAGUAGCAGUCAGAAUUAUGCAGGAAAUAAUCUAGGUUGAGAAGGGUAAUCUAGGAAAGCAAGAGAGCUUAGGUUAAUGAACAUAUUGAAAUAAGUCAUAUCCAAUGUCAUCGUCGAAACAGUCAAUCUAUGUAAAGUCCAGUACUUUCAUCAUCUCA